UAUGUAAGGUGCUAGGUUUGUAGAAACCAAUUUGGUUUAGAAGAUGCUCCGUAAUCAAAAUUAUGAAUUUCAUAAAAAGAAAUUGGACCAAAUUUAAACAGAGUAAUAAGUUCAUUCUUAAAGAUUUAGCAAAAAGCCAAGAUAUGCUUUCAAAGAUUUGCCAGUACUAAAUAAAACAUAACAAUUAAAAACACAAUCAUCUAGAUUUCAGAAAUCUGAAUAAAGAAAGAGAAUUGAUGAAUAAAACUAAUAUUUAACUUCACAUAUAAUAGAAAUUCAAGAAGGCAAAAACUCACAAUUUAGAUCUAUAUGGACUGUUCAAAAUUUAAGAGAGAAAGCCUAUGUAAGUUGAAUUGCUUAGCUUUAAGGCAGAUACUUCUUUAUGGAGUGAGAAUGCUUUGGGAAAGAGGUUGCAUUCCCCUUUGAGAAGAAAAUAAUAAUAAAAAAUAGAUGAAGAAAAUAAUGAACUAUAAAAGAGAUUAGAACUAACAAAACAAAUCCUUAUAGAAAAAUAAUAAGAAUAAAUACAUAGAUAUGAAAAAUUACGUGAUCAUAUGACCAGAGUAAGUAUAAAUUAAUUAAUCAGAUUAAACCUAAAUGUUAAAGUUCUCCUAUGUUAAAAACACAAUUUCCAUCUGUAAAAAGUAAAAGCACUACUUAAUUGCUAAAUAAACAAUAACAAUCUGAUUCAAUUAUGCAAAAUAGCAAGAUGAAUGACUUGUUAAAAUCAGAAAUAAAUAUUAGCAAGAUAUCAAAAAUAGAAUGA